UGCUAUCUCAUUUCAAAAAAAAACAAAAACUACUAUUGUACAGUAUACACAUUUCUUUCGAAAGCCAAAAUUUGCUAAGACAUCAUGGAGGCACAAUUGCAUCGUCCCCAGGAAACGGGAUUGCACUCAGGCGAAGGACAAGGUCAAGUUGAUGAAGGUGAACAUCAUCCUAAGCAGUCAAUGUUGACGAAGGUUAAGGCAAAGGCAAAAAAGAUCAAGGAUCAUCUAAAACAUGGUCUUGGACACGAGCAAGAUCAUGAACAUGACCAGGAGCAUCAUUCACUCCAAGACGACGAGGAAGAAGAAACUGAUGAUGUAGAAAUGGAGGAAGGUGAAGAAGUUGAUGGUGGACCCUAUGCUGUUAGGAGUAAAGAUAUUCCAAAAGAGGACAUUGUGCCAAUGGGAAAUUUAGAGAAUCCAACUAGCCCUAAGGAGGAUCGUUAUGAUUCUAAGAUGAAAAAUGAAGAAGUGCAUAGGCCAAUUUUGCCGAGGCAAGACGAAUUUGCGACGCCACCGUCUUUGGAGGGGACUCACUUCCCCGAAGAAAGGGAUAAACCACCUUUUACCGAGACUCAGGGCAUUGAUGAUCAUGUUACUGCCCUUGGAAAACAUGAAGAUCAAGGACUACAGGGGCAUGAAAAUUUUAUUGGAGCACCAACAGGCCUAGUGGAUCAUCAUGCCGCCCACAGACCAGUUACUGCUGCCGAGACUCAUGAGACUAAGGGCUCUGAUCAUGUUACUGCUCCUGGAAAACAAGAUCAUCAAGUACUGCAGGGGCAUGAAAAUAUUACUGGAGCACCAACAGGCCUAGAGGAGCAUCAUGCCGCCCAUAGACCAGUUACUGCUGCUGAGACUCAUGAGACUAAGGGCUUUGAUCAUGUUACUUCUGCCCCAGGAGAAGAAGGCCAUCAAGGACUGCAGGGGCAUGAAAUUAAUAUUGGAGCACCAACAGGUUUGGAGAAUCCUAACGCUUCCCACUUCCGUGAACAGAUUCAUAGCCCACAUGCUGCCGCUGAUACAGGAGUUCAUGAGGAACUAAACGAUCAAGGACUGCAGGGGCACAAAUUUAGAGUACUAACAAGUUUAAAGGAAGAUGCUAACGUUCCUAAAGACCGUCCAAAUACGACAAACUAUCAGAGCAAAGUCACUGAUCCAACAGGCGCCAACAAUGAGGAGGCAGGAGUUGGUCCACUUGUUCACUCGUUCGGAAAAAUGGGCGUGAACGAUGGUCCAGAAACAACAGGAGUAAGAACAGAGCCAAGAGCAGCAGGGGACAUAAAAUUUGAUCAAGGAACAGAACAUAGCCAACAUACGGGAUCACAUGAUCAAUUUGCUCCGCAAGAUGCACCUGUUGAUUUCCCCUCAGUUAGUAAAGAUACUGAAUCAGUUCCUAAGAGUAUGAAUCCAAGCAAUCCAGCAGAUUUACCUGAGGACACACUAACUGGGAAACCUGAUAGCUAUACAGAUAAGGUUUCAUUCGCAACGUCAGCAAUUGCGGAUAAGGCAGUUUCUGCUAAGAACCUUGUCGCCUCCAAACUCGGCUACGGUGGAACAGAGGUGGAAACUAGAGACACACAGGUAACAGGGGGGGAAAAAGAUGCAACAAAAACAAACUCAGCAACUGCAUUAGCACAGAAACAUGCAAGCACUGUGACAGAAAAACUUGCUUCAGUAUAUGAGAAAGUAGCGGGUGAAAACAGGGGAGGUGCUAAUGCAGAGCAUAAAGUGAAGACUGAUAAAGGGGUAUCAAUGAAGGAGUCUUUAGCAGAGAAAUUUAAGCCUGGGGAGGAAGACAGAGCACUUUCUGAAGUGAUUUCAGGUUCACUUUCAAGACACAAGGAUAAAACAGAGGAAACAGGGGAGGCAAAGCCAAUGGGGAAGGUGACUGAAUCAGAAGAAGUAGAAAGGCGAUUGGGUUCGAUUGGAGACACAAAGAAAGAAGAAGAUGAUACUUCUGGAGAAAUAAAAGUUGGUGAAGGUUUCGGACAGGGGGUGGUGGAUAGGGUCAAAGGUGCUGUAAGUACGUGGCUUGGAAAAGGUGGUGAAGCACAGGCAAAUGAUUCUGGUGUGGAUGGAGGUGCUGUUGUUGGGGGGACGAGGGGUUGAAUGAUCACCAGUGUUUUUCUAGAUCUUCAGCCAUCAGUCAAUUGAAGUUAUAAUUAUGAAUCCUCAACUCUUCUUGUACUUGUGCCUAAUUUUCUAUUUCUUUCUUUUGUUGUUUUGUUUAUGGGAAAAGUUAUCAAGUUGCUGAUGAUUUCUAGGAAAGUCUCUUAUCUUGCCAUGUUGUUUUGUAAGUAUUUACAUGUGACUUUCUAUAUCUAUUGGUGGUGUGUUUCAUUGUUUGCUA